CCUUUUCCUUUCUUUAGACGCUCGGAAUGUGUUCCUGAAGAAGGAAGGAGCAGCCUCUUUCUUCAAGAUGGCGGCGACCAUAGACAACAGCAACGCCGCUCAGGCGAACAGGAAAAAACACCUCGGAAUCCCCGAAGCAGCGUUUGUGGAGGAUGUUGACACUUUCAUGAAGCAACCUGGCAAUGAGACAGCCGAUGCAGUGCUGAGGAAGCUCGACGAACAGUACCAGAAAUAUAAGUACAUGGAACUCAACCUGUCACAAAAGAAACUCAGGUUGAAAAAUCAGAUCCCACAAAUCACCCAGACGCUAGAAAUCCUUCGACACAUGCAGAAGAAAAAGGACACCACAGAACCCAUGGAGACACACUUCCUGUUGGCUGACAAUGUUUACUGCCACGCCACAGUGCCCCCUACAGACAAAGUCUGUCUAUGGUUAGGGGCUAAUGUUAUGUUAGAGUACGACAUUGAUGAAGCCCAGGCGUUGCUUGAGAAGAACCUCUCAACAGCUUCUCGCAAUUUAGAGACACUUAUGGAGGAUCUGGAUUUCCUGCGAGACCAGUUCACCACCAUCGAAGUCAACAUGGCACGAGUCUACAACUGGGACGUAAAAAGACGCAGCAAAGAAAAUCUCCUGAAAUCCACGGAAAUGUCUUAGUAUACACGUAUAUCUUCCCUGCAGCUAAUCUUCUUCUCUCUAGUCUUUAAAAAAUAAAGAAAAUAAAAUCUGUCUCCCAAAAUCAUGUAUCCUCACCUGAGUAGCUUGGAACAAAGACAGCAGGUUUAAAAACGUAUAUGAAAGCUGUGGUGCUGUUUGAUUUCACUCUGUUCUGUUGUUUGCAGUUGCCCUAAGUGAAACAGGAUAAAAUCAAGUGCAUGAAUCAUGGUUUUUGUUCUUUUAGUUCUUUUUCUUUUAAAAAAAAUGUCCUCCAAAAGCUCCAAUAUCACUGUUGUCUGCCACUUUGUUACUUUUUAAAGUAUUUUUUGAAGUAAAACUACCAAAACCUAAGCAAGGAGAGAAAGAAGUUCUUCCGUCAUUGUUUCUGUUACUUGAUUUGGUUUUUCUCUUUUCUUGGAUCAAAGGGCAGAAAUUUACAGGACAAAACAUCUGCAUAUCAUCCUCUCCAUUUCCAAGUCUUUUUGUCUCAUACAUCGUCAUAAAACAUUAAAGAUUUUUUUAUUGGGCAAAAUUA